UGGUCGGGCCUAACUCCUGCGGCUCAGUCCAGUCACUCUCCCCUUGCUCAGCCCACUGCUCGCUCCCCAGCCGGGUGCUCAUCAGCAUGUCUUUCAUCCAGGUGGCCGAGGAUUCAGACUUCCCCAUCCACAACCUUCCCUAUGGUGUCUUCUCCACUCAAGGCAACCCAAGGCCACGGAUCGGUGUGGCCAUUGGCAACCAGAUCCUGGAUCUCAGUGUCAUUAAGCACCUCUUCACUGGGCCUGUCCUCUCCAAACACAAAGAUGUCUUCGAAGAGCCAACUCUCAACAGCUUCAUGGGCCUGGGCCAGGCUGCCUGGAAGGAGGCAAGAGCAUUCUUGCAGAACUUGCUGUCCGCCAGCCAAGCCAGACUCAGAGAUGACAUGGACCUUCAGAAGCGUGCAUUCACCUCCCAGGCUUCUGCCACGAUGCACCUUCCAGCCACCAUAGGAGACUACACGGACUUCUAUUCCUCUCGGCAGCAUGCUACCAACAUUGGGAUCAUGUUCAGGGGCAAGGAGAAUGCAUUGAUGCCCAAUUGGCUGCACUUACCAGUAGGCUACCAUGGCCGUGCUUCCUCUGUUGUGGUGUCUGGCACUCCAAUCCGAAGGCCCAUGGGACAGAUGAGACCUGAUAACUCCAAGCCUCCUGUGUACGGUGCCUGCAAACUCCUGGACCUAGAGUUGGAAAUGGCUUUCUUUGUAGGCCCUGGGAACAAAUUUGGAGAGCCGAUCCCCAUUUCCAAGGCCCAUGAGCACAUUUUUGGAAUGGUCCUCAUGAAUGACUGGAGUGCUCGAGACAUCCAGCAGUGGGAAUAUGUUCCUCUUGGGCCAUUCCUCGGGAAGAGUUUUGGAACCACCAUCUCUCCGUGGGUGGUGCCUAUGGAUGCUCUCAUGCCCUUUGUUGUGCCUAACCCACAGCAGGACCCCAGACCCCUGCCAUAUCUCUGCCAUGACCAGCCCUACACAUUUGACAUCAACCUUUCUGUUGCCCUGAAAGGAGAAGGAAUGAGCCAGCCAGCUACCAUAUGUAGGUCCAAUUUUAAGCACAUGUACUGGACCAUGCUGCAGCAGCUCACUCACCACUCAGUCAAUGGCUGCAACCUGCGGCCAGGGGACCUCUUGGCUUCUGGAACCAUCAGUGGGUCGGAGCCAGAAAGCUUUGGCUCCAUGCUGGAGCUGUCCUGGAAGGGAACGAAGCCCAUAGAGCUGGGGAAGGAACAGACCAGGACGUUCCUGCUGGAUGGGGAUGAAGUCAUCAUAACAGGGCACUGCCAGGGGAACGGUUACCGCAUCGGCUUUGGCCAGUGUACUGGAAAAGUGCUGCCUGCUCUCUCGCCUGCAUAAGGCGCUUUGCUGUCCUGGAAACAGAGGGGCUGAGCCCCGACCAGCCCCGGGUAAUGGGCCUCCCUCUGUGACGCAGGCCUGUCUUCUUCAUUCAGGAAUGAAUAAAGCCACUGUACUUUGUCCCCAUGCUCCCAGGCCUGCACUGCAGUGCCCAGUGGUGUCCCCUUGUGUUCCUAAUUUGAUCCAGUGGGCCAGGUUAUGUACUGCUCCCUUGGGAGAUGCCAGUUCAUUUACUGUCUUUCUCAUGAGUGACAUCUUGGUGGAGUUUUCUCAUCAGCUAUUCUAGGACUCUCAGUAUUUCCUGAAUUGGUCAGGAUUCUCCAGAAAAACAGAACUGCCAGGAUGCAUGUGUGUGUGUGUGUGUGUGUGUGUGUGUGUGUGUGUGUGUGUGAGUGUAUACAGAAAAAGAGAGAGAUUGAUUUACUUCAAUGAAUUGGCUCAUGUGAUUCUAGAGGCCAACAAGUCCAAGGUCUGUGGGGUGGAUUAGCUGGGCAAAAUCGCCUCUUCCCCUGAGGCACCAGUAAGUUUUCACUCUAGGCCUUCAGCUAAAUGGAUGAGACCCACCACUUCAUGGAG